AUGAACGCUUGACAAUCCUCAUCUUCUCCCUGGUUCAUCAUCAAGUCUCUCAUUGCUUCUCAUUUCCCCUCGACAGGCUUCUUCCCUGUCUUUCAUGUGGACAAUGUUUUUCUCUUCUUUGUUCUUGGCUGCUUCUGCCUUGUCAACUGCUUUUGCGGCUCCCGCUUCUACUUCCAAUCAACUCUCUAAGAGAUGCACGAAUAGUGCUACAGAUCGCUCUUGCUGGGGUGAUUAUGAUCUCUCCACCAAUUACUACGAGACUGUCCCAGAUACUGGGGUAACUCGCGAGUAUUGGUUUGACAUACAGAAUGGGACUGCUUCCCCAGACGGAUACGAAAGGCUUGUCUUGACCGUCAACGGGUCUUUCCCGGGUCCUACUAUCAUUGCCGGUUGGGGUGACACUGUUGUUGUCCAUGUAACAAAUUCUAUGGAGAACAAUGGCACCAGCAUUCAUUCCCACGGUAUCCGUCAAAACUACACCAACCAAAUGGACGGCGUAGCAUCCAUCACCCAAUCCUGGGACGGCAUCCUGGGCGGCAUCAUAAUCAACGGCCCCGCAACCGCCAACUACGACGUCGACCUCGGGAACCUCUUACUGAACGACUGGAGCCACCAAACCGCCGACCAGCUCAACGCCAUCGCCGGUACCAGCGGCCCGCACACCUUCGACAACUGCUUGAUCAACAGCACAAACACCUACAACGACUCCGGCUCGCGAUUCGAGACCACUUUCGCAUCUGGGACGUCGUACCGGCUCCGGCUGGUGAAUGGCGCCGCGGACACCCAUUUCAAGUUCAGCAUCGACAACCACACCAUGACGGUCAUCUCCACGAAUUUCGUCCCCAUCGUGCCCUAUAACACGACUAUGCUGUCAAUCGGGAUGGGCGAGCGCUACGACGUGAUCGUCACCGCCGACCAAGCCGUGUCCAACUACUGGAUGCGCGCCAUCCCGCAAGAAACAUGCUCUGACAACGACAAUGUCGAUAACAUCCUCGGCAUCGUCCGCUACGACAGCUCCUCGACGGCGGAUCCGAGCUCCACGGGGUACGACUACGAGGAUUCCUGCGACGACGAAGAUAUCUCGACUCUAGUCCCGUACCUAUCGUACCAAGUGGGCACCAGCGCGUCCGUCACGGACGAUUUUAUCGGGACGUUGACGGGCGGGGCAGGCGCUAUUAAGUGGGAGAUGGGAUCUACGUCUUUUGUAUCUCAAUGGGAUUAUCCGACCGUGCUGCAGGUUGCGGAGGGGAAUGAUACUUGGUCGGCGGAGCAGAGUGCUAUUGAGCUCCCGACUGCUGAUCAAUGGGUGUAUUUUAUUAUCGAGACGACGUUUGCGCAGGCUCAUCCUAUUCAUUUGCAUGGGCAUGAUUUCUGGGUCCUGGCCCAGGGCACGGGGACGUAUGAUGCGGAUACGGUUACCCUGACCACGACUGAUAGCCCGAGGAGAGAUGUGGCGAUGUUGCCUGGGACGGGGUAUUUGGUGCUGGCUUAUAUUACUGAUAAUCCUGGUGCGUGGUUAAUGCACUGCCAUAUCGCAUGGCACACAUCUGAAGGUUUCGCGCUACAAUUACUCGAGCGUGAGAGCGAGAUGGUGGCUUUGAUGGAUGUUGCGACUGUUAAUAGCACGUGUGCGAACUGGGAUACUUAUGCUACUGAGGAUGAUAUUGUUCAGGAUGAUGCUGGAGUUUAAGCGCGUUGCGAUAUAUCCACAGGUUGAAGCAUUUGUAUCGGCGUUGUUCGGGGGAUAGUCUUUUUUUGGUUUCUUUUGUUUGUUUCGAUGGUUGGAAAAUGUCAGAAUAUGGGAUUCAGAACAAAUCAGUUGAGAGAGGUACUUCCUAUUGGGCAUUUGGUGAGCUCAGUCCGUG